AUUGGCAUACAAAAAUGUCGCUUAUAAAAAACUUGAUAAAAGAGCCCGAAACAAAACCCAAGAAAAAAAAAAAGGAUGCAGGAUCUGGGGACAGUGAUUCCGAUGGCAAGGAUAAACCCCUACGGCCAUUUGUUAAAACCGCCACAGAUCUCCAGCGGAUGAAGCUGGAGAAACUCAUGAAAAACCCGGAUAAGCCCGUGAUCAUACCAGAGCAGCGUCGCGAACGGGACUACAUGUCUUCGGUGCCCACUUUCGUCCGGAAUGUUAUGGGCAGCAGUGCAGGAGCAGGCUCAGGCGAGUUUCAUGUGUAUCGUCACCUACGCCGAAAGGAAUACGCCCGCCAGAAGAACAUUCAGAAUCAGAGUUCCCGUGAGGCUGCAGACGAGGCCUUCCAGCAGAAGUUGGACGACAACCGACGCGCGGCCGAGGAGAAAACAGCCAAGAAAAGGGCCAAGCGGCAGAAGAGGAAACAGCGGACCAAGAAGCCGAGGGAAGAAAAGAAGCCGGAGCCAAAGGAUGCAUCUGAGUCCAGUGGCAGCGAUUCAGAGGGACAAGGACUUCCUGAGGACACAGAUAAGAGGCCGGAGAGUGAACCCGAUGAGCAUCAAGUUGUGCCCUCCAAAGAUGAGGGCAAGGAACCCCUAAAAGCAAAGGAAACAGAAGAAGAAUCGAAAGCCAAUAGCAAAGAAUCUUCUACAGAAGUGGCGAACACGGCCAGCAAGCCACUAGAAACUGAAACCAUUGAUGAAGCGUCUAAAGAUUCCGCGAAUGUGCACCAAGAAACAGAAAAUCCCAUAUUGGAUGGUCAAGUUCAGACCUAACUUCCAAUGUAUUGCUAAAAAUGCACCGACUAGUUAAUAAUAAAACAAAUUGCAGUUUUA